GGGGGGCCGCGAGCGCGGCCAUGGCGGGGGCGCUGAGGAAGACCACUGGACUUGUAGGAUUGGCUGUAGCUGAGAACCCUCACGAGCGUCUGCGAAUACUGUACACAAAAAUCCUUGGUGUCCUGCAAAACAUUCCCAAGGAUGCAGCUUACAGGAAAUACACUGAGCAGAUUGUAAAUGAACGAUUUGAUUUGGUGAAAAACGAGACGGAUGUGCAAAAACUACAGGAAAAACUGAAUAGUGGUCAGAUAGAAGAAGUCAUUGUACAGGCUGAAAAUGAGCUGUUCCUGGCAAGAAAAAUGUUGCAGUGGAAACCAUGGGAGCCUCUAGUUGAAGAACCUCCUUCUAACCAGUGGAGAUGGCCAAUAUAAUUUUCAAAAUGAUGUAACCUCUUGAAAGUAAAAAGAAAAAAAAUAAUUAU